AUGUCGGUUGGUUUUAAAGGCUCAGAUGCGAGCCAGCUCUACAGGUUCAAGGACAUCCAGACAGUCCCGGGUGCCAUGGACUUGGUGGACAUUGUGUUGUCGGCUACGCAGCGAAGAACACCGACGGUUGUGCACCCGCAGUAUGAUAUAAGUCGUAUCCGGAGUUUUUACAUGCGCAAAGUGAAGCAUUGUCAGCAGGAGUAUCACGACAAGUUCUCGGCGAUUCUGUCUCAGUUUCCGAAGAUAGAUGACAUUCAUCCGUUCUACGCAGACUUGUGUAACGUGUUGUAUGACAAGGACCACUACAAGAUAGCGCUUGGUCAAGUAAAUGCGGUGCGUAAUUCGGUAGACCAGAUGGCGAAAGAGUAUGUUCGUUUAUUGAAGUACGCAGAUUCAUCUUACAAGUGUAAGAUGCUGAAGAGAGCGGCAUUGGGUCGUAUGUGUACGAUCGUGAAGAAGCUCAAGAACUCGUUGGCAUACUUGGAGGAGGUGCGUAGGCAUUUAGGACGGUUACCAGGUAUCAAUCCCUUCAGUCGAAGUGUGUUGUUGGCAGGUUUCCCUAACGUGGGUAAGUCUACGUUUAUGAACGUGUUGUCAAAUGCGAAUGUGGAGACUGCGAACUGGUCUUUUACGACGCAGUCGUUGUACGUAGGUCACUUUGACUAUAAGUACCAACCGUGGCAGGUGAUUGAUACUCCAGGUGUGUUGGACAGACCUUUGUCUUCGCGCAACACGAUUGAGUUGUGUGCCAUCACGGCCAUGGCGCACUUGUCAUGUGCGGUUUUGUUUCUGGUCGACAUUAGCGAGCACUGUGGUCACACCGUCGCAGACCAAGUGAAGUUGUUCCACUCGUUGCGGCCUUUGUUGCAACACAAGCCAGUAGUGGUUGUAUUGAACAAGAUUGAUUUGCGCGGUGUCGAUUCGCUAACGGCGCAGGAGCAGGAGAUGAUUAAGAGCAUGGGUGAAGGGUUCGAUUUAAUUCAUUUCGUAGCGUGUUCCACGUUGGAGAAGCUGAAUUUGGAUGAAGCAAAAAACAAGGCCUGUGAGAUGCUGCUCUCACUGAAGGUCCAGAAGCGACUCAUGGCCGGUAAGACUGCUUACAACACGUUGGAUGAGUUGUACGUGACCAAUGUGACGCCGUUGGCCGAGCGCCCACCCAUAGGCGCCCCGCCCACCCGAGGGGACUUGGCUGCCCGUGACGAGAUGGGAGACGAGAAGUUGUUAGAGAAGGACUUGAUGGAGGUGGAAGGUGGAGCGGGUGUAUAUAAUGCGGACACCCGGAAGCAUUGGCAGUUGGAGGACGAGAGUUGGAAGUAUGACGAAGUGCCGGAGAUCCUUAACGGCAAGAAUGUAGCGGACUUUGUGGACCCCGAAAUCGACGCAAAGCUACGAGCUCUGGAAGAGGAAGAGGCCGAACUGGAGAGGACAUGGGACAAGGACGUUCAGGCACCUACCCAAGACUGGUACGAUGCACAGGCAGCCUUACGAGAAAUUACCAUUGAACGUGAGACAAGAAGACUUAUGUCACGAAUUAAAAACUCGAACAACCAGCGAACACAAGCGCGACAAUAUAUGGAUACCGAGGCCUUCAAACAACGCCUGGCACCCAUGGGCAUAGACCCCGAAGAGAUUCUGGAACGACUGACCAAAUAUGAAAAGGAAACGACCACCAUCCGUGCUCGGAGACAACUUUUCAAACCCGACAGAAAGACCGCAGUUUACGGAACCAAUGUCGAGAGAAAAGUCGAACUCGAAAAGGAUAUACACCGCGUUAACAAAAGAUAUACCAAACCCAAGAAGUCUCAACCCAAAGACCAAAUCAACGAAGCCGACCGAUUCAUCGGAGCCAAACGACCCAAACAUCUUUUCUCGGGCAAACGAACCAUCGGCAAAACAGACCGACGGUAA